AGACACUUCAUUUUCCUCUCAACGUCAACACUCGAUCUCACCUAGAUUAGCCCCAUCACACCCACGCGUGGCUUUAUUUCAGCACACGUAGAAAUCAGACCAAAGCGAAAUCUAAGCACCUAUAUCCUGAAUUUCCCUUAUCACAAUGUCGAAAUUUGCGCCUCACCGUCGGUCAAACAACAACCCAAGAGCGAACUCUGCAACCGUUUGUCAGAAGUGCCUCGGUACAGGACAUUUCAUAUUCGAAUGCAAGUCCACGCGUCCAUACGUAUCCCGUCCAUCGCGGACAGAAUUACUUGAAAAUCCAAAGUUACUUGCGAAGCUGAAGGCAGAGGGAAAGCCUUCAGUCGAAGUGCCGGAGGAAUUUAAAACAAAGUACGGUGACCGACGACCUGACCUAUGCGAUUGAAUUUGGCUGACGUCCUGUUCCGUCACUUAGGAGUGGAACGGCAAACCGAAUUUUAGAGUCAAAGGAGCAGGAACGACUGGCACUGGAGGAAUCCAAAGGAAAAUCCAAGGAGGAAGACGGCAGAGCUCGCAAGAAAGCCAGAAGGUUGUUUAUAAUUCACUUAUUGUGCCUGCGUGGGCUGAUCAUCAUCUUAAACAGGUCUUCGAGGUCCUCCUCAGACACUUCGGACUCGGAAUCAGAUUCAGAUUCAGGGUCUAGCUCUGAAUCAUCUACCAGCUCUACGUCAAGUUCAGAUGCCUCACGUUCGAUUUCCAGAGAUCGCAGCAGGAAGCGACCAAAGCGGCGAGAUUCAUCUUCAAUUCGUUCAGCAUCUUCAUCUCGCAGUAGAUCCAGAGACUGA